GCAAGACUGUGAUUGGUUGUUUUGUGAAAUAGCGGGAAAGUAGCCAUGUGAAACCUGUGUGAGGUGAUCCUUUGGGCUGUGUUUACAACUUUGGACGGAUAUUUGUCCAAGCAAGAUCCCAACAUUAACAUGCAAACCGGACAAAGCAAAAUUAGUAGUUUCUUUGGUAAGCCUGCGACAAAAAGAAAAGCGGAUGAGACCGAAAAUGCAUCCAAAUAUCCACCUUCGAAAUUCGCCAAAGAGAAGGACAAAUCUGACAGCGACGAAGCUGAUAACAAAUCGCCGAUCAGUUUGUCUCCUGAGCAGAAAGCAAGAAUGAAUCAGAAAAGAAUGGAAGCUGAGGAGAAGCUAUUAGCAAAUACUGGGCCUCGAAACUUUGGCCUGUCGUGGAAGAAAGCGCUAAAGGAGGAAUUUACUAAAGAUUACUUUGAACGGUUAAUGAAGUUUGUGGAAUCGGAGCGGGCCAAGAAAACAGUCUAUCCACCAGAGAAAGAUGUGUUCUCAUUUACUCUUCACACUGACAUUAAAGACACCAAGGUUGUUAUCAUUGGCCAGGAUCCAUAUCAUGGGCUGAAUCAAGCUCAUGGCCUCUGCUUUAGUGUGCAGCCUGGCGUCUCAGUUCCUCCAAGUCUGGUUAAUAUAUACAAGGAGUUGUCAAACGACAUUGAUGGGUUCAAGCAUCCUGGUCAUGGAUAUUUAAUAGGCUGGGCAAAGCAAGGUGUACUAUUGCUUAAUGCUUGUCUGACGGUGGUUGCCUCACAAGCCAAUUCACACAAAGAAAAGGGCUGGGAACAAUUUACUGAUGCUGUCAUAAGGUGGAUUAAUAGGAAUCUUAGUGGUGUAGUGUUCUUACUCUGGGGCUCAUAUGCACAGAAAAAAGGCAGCUUUAUUGAUAAGAAGAAACAUUGCAUUCUCAAAGCAGUUCAUCCCUCCCCACUGUCUGCCCACAGAGGGUUUUUAGGAUGCAAGCAUUUCUCGAAAGCUAACGAAUACUUGAUACAGCGAGGCAAGAAACCAAUUGAGUGGGCAAAUCUACCUAUUGAAGUUGAUGGAUGAUUCACAAGCUGUAAAAGUUGUUGUUCCAAAGGAAUGGGUGCUUGCCCGGUGAACAAGCAAACACUGUUGUAGUAUAUCAUAUUUGUUUUGUUACAAAAGAUAAAUAAGCUGGAGAGUUUCACAUAUUUUUAAUGCUUGCAAUGUGAUAAACUUGUUGAUAAACAGUUGAUAAAAAAAAACAGAGGGUGGGAGAUAUCAUCACGAAUCCAUACCUUGUGUAUAAAACACAUAACCAUGACCACAUUAUGUUCAUAUCCAAAUUAAAAGAUAUAAAUAAAUUUGAAGGUCAGGGGUAUACAAUACAUUUUCCAUUUUAUCCAACUGGACAGCAAGAGAAUGUACUGUAUUUUUAUUUGAAAUGUCAGUAUUAUUUUCAAUUUACAUGUUUUUUUUUGUACACAGACAAUUUCUAGGUAGCAUCCUAAGAAAGUUUAACCAACCAAUACUACACUAAGGAAAGGAUGUCGGUAUUGUUGGUAUUGUCGGUAUUGGAUGUCGGUAUUGAACUCUUGCCUUUGCAUAAACUUUCCAUUACAGGUACAGCCUAGAAAUUUAGUGAGGGAAGUCCCACAAACUCUUUCCAGCCCAUUGGUUGGUUGUAUCAUUGUGAUAGUGUAAUGGUUAACACGUCAGGCCAUGAAACAAUGUUCAUAUCCUUUUACAUUAUAUUUUAAGCUGUUUUUAGAGCUGUUUCAUAUUAUGUACCUUAAAAAACAGUGAAUUACUACUUCAACUAUUUAGUAACAGUUAAACCUUAAUCUGAUUUUAUAUACAAUACUAUCUCUUACAUGCUUACUAUAUUUCUUUCAACAUUUCUCAAAACUCUUUACUGAUUAGAAUAAAAAAAGUGGAUUACAA